AUGCCUGCCCGCCCGUCUUGGGACGCAAGGCGGAUGCCUGCCCGCCCGUCCCGGGACCCGCGGCGGGCCCGGCCCGCCCGUCCCGAGAUGCGUGGCGGACGCCUGCCCGCCCCUUCUCGGGACCUAUGGCGGGCCCGGCCCUCCAGUCCUGAGGGAAACCACGGCGGGCAAGGCCCCCCGUCCUGGGACCCAUGGCGGGCCGUGGCGGAUGCCUGCCAGCCCGUCCCGGGACCCGUGGUGGACGCCUGCCCGCCCAUCCCGGACCCGUGCGGGCAAGGGCCUAACCGCCCGUCCCGGGAUCCAUGGCGGACGCCUACCCGCCCGUCCCAGGGACCCGUGGCGGAUGCCAGCCCGCCCGUCCCGGGACCCGCGGCAGGCACGGCCCGCCCAUCCUGGGAUGCAUGGCGGACGCCUGCCUGCCUGUCUCGGACCUGUGGCUGGCCCGGCCUGCCCAUCCCGGGACCAGUGGCGGACGCCUCCCCGCCCGUCACAAGGACCCGCGGCGGGCCCGGCCCGCCGUCCUGGGACCAGUGGCAGACGCCUGCCCACCCGUCCUGGGGACCAGCUGGCGGGCCCGGCCCGGCCAUCCCGGGACCAGGGGCGGACGCCUGCCUGACUGUCCCGGGACCCGCGGUGGGCCCGGCCCACCCGUCCCGGGACCAGUGGCGGACGACUGCCCGCCCGUCCCGGGACCCGACGGCGGACCCAGCUCGCCCGUACCGGGACCAGUGGCGGACGCCUGACUACCCGUCCGACCCGACGGCGGCCCGGCCCGCCCGCCCUCCCGGGACCAGUGGCGGGCGCCUGCCCGCCCAUCCCGGGGCCCUAGUGUGGGCCCGGCCAGGCCCGUCCCUGGACCAGUGGCGGACGCCUGCCCGCCCGUCCUGGGACCCGCGGGGACCAGUGGCGGACGCCUGCCCGCCCGACCCAGGACCCGCGGCGGGCCCGGCCGUCCCGGGACCAGUGGCGGAAGCCUGCCCACCCCUCCCGGGACCCGCAGUGGCCCGGCCCGCAAAUUCCCGGGACCCCCAGUGGCGGACGCCGUGGACUGCCCGUUCGGGAUCCGCGGCGGGCCCCCGGGCCCGGCCGGCCCGUCUUGGCCGUCCCGGGACCAGUGGCAGACGCCUGCCCGCCCGUCCCAGGACCCGCGGCAGGCCGGGCGGCCCGCCCUUCCUGGAACCAGUGGCGGACGCCUGA